AUGGCGACCGGCGGCGGCACCGAGCUGCCGCCGGCGGAGGCCGAGCCGCUGGAGCUCGUGCUGUUCCAGGUCGCCGAGUGCUACGUCUACCUGAUACCUCCGAGGAUGACGGCUGCCUCCUACAGGGCGGAUGAGUGGAACGUCAACAAGUGGGCAUGGGAAGGGGCGCUUAAGGUUGUCAGCAAGGGAGAAGAAUGCAUCAUUAAACUGGAAGAUAUGAACACUGGGGAGCUUUACGCUAGGGCAUUUCUCAGAGAGGGUGAACCACAUCCAGUGGAACCUGUAAUUGAUAGCAGCAGAUAUUUUGUACUACGCAUUGAAGAGAAUAUAGAUGGGCGUCAGCGUCAUGCUUUCAUAGGUUUAGGCUUCCGGGAAAGACCUGAAGCAUAUGACUUCCAAGCUGCUCUACAUGAUCAUAUGAAAUAUUUAAACAAGAAGAAGGCUGCUGAAGAGAUGGUUCAGCAUUAUGAGAAGCAAUCAUCAGUGGAUUACAGCCUCAAAGAAGGAGAGACAUUGGUUCUUCAGCUUAAAAAUAAAGAAACUGGCACCAAGACAAAAUCAGCAUUUUUUGAGCAAGGCCUAAACAAGCUCUCAGUGAACGAAAAGACAAACACCAAGGAGGCCCCCGUCUCCCUUAAACUCCCACCACCGCCACCUUCGCCUGUCUCUCCAACGGAUUCUGGAGUCGCUGCUUCGCCUUUCAAAGCAGAAUUUCCUCCCCAAGGGCAACCAGCUGCUGAACCCAUCAGCAGAACCAGCGUUCUCCCUUCCAAAGGUGAACCUGCUCCGGAGCUACCAGCUGCUGCAGAGAAGAUGGAGCAAAAAACCGUGGAUGAUGACUUCGGGGACUUCCAGGCUGCUGGGUGA